AUGGGGCCCCCGGGCCAGGCUCCCCCGGGCCCCAAGUAUGUGGGCCUCUGGGACUUCGAGGCCCGCACAGCCGGGGAGCUGAGCUUCCGGGCAGGGGACCUCUUCCACGUGGCCAGAAAGGAGGAGGAGUGGUGGUGGACCGUGCGGCUGGGACUCGGUGGGGGGCACAGGCGGGGGUCCAUGCCGCUCAGGGUCCCCCCGCCCCGCAGGUGGUUCUUUGGCCGGAUCUCUCAGUCGGAAGCCCUGCACCGACCGCAGGCUGCGGGCAACGAGCCGGGGGCCUUCCUGAUCCGGGUCAGCGAGAAGCCGGGCGCCAACUGCGUCCUCUCGGUGCGGGGCCAGCAGACCGUUUGCCGCUACAGGAUCUGGUGGCAGGACGGCCAGUUGCACCUCAACGAGGCUGUGUCCUUCCCCAGCCUGCCUGAGCCCGUGGACCACCGCGAGGCCCAGAGCCUGUCCCACGGCCUGUGGCUGACCUCGCCCCGCCGAAAGCAUGAGCCGGAGCCCCCGCCCCACCGUGGCGACAGGGAGAGGCCGCGGGAAGCGUUCACGCCCUGCAGGAAGCUGGGCUUCCGGCCACUUUGGGGAGGUCUUCGCAGGCUCUGGAAGGACAAGGUCCGAGUGGCCAUCGGGGCGACCGUCCGAGGGCCGCACCCGCCUGCCCCGACGGCUGACCUUCUGCGUCAGCGCACGUUCCACUCGGAGAUCCAGGCCAUGAAGCAGCUGCGGCACAAGCGCAUCGUGGCACCGUACGCUGUGGCGCCCGGGGGCUCCGUGGACAUCAUCACAGAGCUCGUGCCCAAGGGGAGCCUGCUGGACCCGCUGCGCGACUCCGAUGAGAAAACCCUGCCCAUUUCAGAGCUGGUGGGCAUUGCAGCACAGUUGGCCGAGGGCACGUGGUACCUGGAAUCGCAGAAUUACAUCCACAGGGACCUGGCCCCCAGGAACAUCCUCGAGGGGGAAAACAACAUCUGCAAAAUCAGGGACUUUGGGCUGGCCAGGCUCAUCAAGAAGAACGUCUACCUCUCCCACGACCACAGCAUCCCUUACAAGUGGGCCGCCCCCGAGGCACUGUCCCGAGGGCAUUACUCCAUCAAAUCUGACAUCUGGUCCUUCGGGGUUCUCCUCCGUGGGGCUCUCAGCAGGGGUCAGAUGCCCUACCCAGGUUCUGGGCAUGUCCAUACCUUCCUGCGGGGAGAGGCAGGCUACCGCGUGCCCUGCCCCCUGCAGUGCCCGCCCACCACACACAAGCUGACGCUCUCCUGCUGGCACAGGGUCCCCGAGCAGAGGCCCUGCUUCGAAGGGCUGCGGGAAAAGCUCUCCAGCCUCAGAAGGUACGAGGACCUGCUCUGAGCCGGCUGCCUCCUUGGCACUGCCUGUCGGCCAGGCCGGCCCUCGUGAGGGGCCUGAGCAA